UAAAAUAGCAAGCAAAGCUGUUUCUCCGCCUUUGCAUCGCUUUCACAGAAACAGGGGAGAGAAGAAUGUGAAGUCAGGAUGGCCGUUGCAAGGCCGGCGCUGUGUACUUUCUUCUUCAUUCUUCUUCCUGCCAUUGCUGCUGAAAGUGGCUUGGAAGACUAUUCAGGCUCUGUCUUCUCUCCUCAGGCACCUGUGCAGAAAGUGAAAUGGACACCGACUUCGCAUGUGUCAUUCGAAUGCCGGCGUUCAGAACAAAUAUCUUACUUUGCAACAUCCUGAGGACCGGGAUGAACCUGAGUGAGGCUAACACUCGGUUUACUCUGGUUGGAAAACCACCCUCCAGAUGCUUAAUGGAGAGCCAGCUGCAAGGCAAUUGUACUUUGAAAAGCGUUGAACUCCUUAGACCCAUGGAAGUUUGCUUGAGCGUGAUGACGAUACAGCAAUGCAUGGAAUGCCAGACCUUGAAAGCAAGCGAUAUCAUUAAACCCGAAGCACCAUUUGGCUUAACAAUUAUCUACGAAGAAGAGGCAGAUGAGUAUUUUGUUAAUUUCUCAACUCCACACAAUGGAGCAUAUCUUGAGGGGAAACUAACGCAUGAACUAGCGUACCGGCAGCAAAACAAACACUGGACUUCCAGACCGACCAACUUCCUGACAUUAAAAUUUCUGGCAAAGGAAUUUCAGCUGGGAACAUAUGAGAUGAAAGCCCGGUCAAAGCCCAAUGGCAAAGAUUUCAAGGGCACAUGGAGUGAAUGGAGCUCUUCGACAUUCUUCGAAACUGCAGCAAAAAAUAAUAAUAGCAACAUUAUUGCUGUGACUGCACUCAUUUCAUGCUUCUUUGGACUCUUCGCUGUGAUAGCUAUGAUCGCAAUACUUUGGAGAAACAGAAUAAAGCCUGUUGUGUGGCCCACUCUCCCUAACCACAAGAAAACUCUGGAUAAACUCUGCCACAAACUAAGAAAGAAUUCUGACGUAAGCUUCUUCAGCCCUGAGAGUUUGGAAGACGUUCCCAUCCAUAAGGUGGAUAGCAUUCGGGCCAAGUCAGAACAUUUGAUGCUUGCCCGGGAUUCCGAUGUUCCAGCAAAGACGGGGAAUGGACUGGAACAAAAGAAUCUGGUUCAUAUCAACCAUGGCUGGCUGAAACUGCCUCUGGCAUAUGAAGGAAUGUGGCCGGCUGAGACGCUGGAUAGGCAUGUGGGCAGAAGUCUCCUUGCUCCUGAUGGUGACACAUUAAUCAACGCCGACCCAUACGAGAAAGGUGGCGUUGGUGACCAAGAUGGCGGUAAUGAUGCUCUCCUCAACCAUGCCAGUUCUUCUACGCAUCCCACCGCCAUCCUGCCUGGAUCCGGGUGCUAUAACUGUCUUCAAGCUUACGCAGAUGUAACAGUUCCAAAUAAAGAAGAGGCCUAUGUCACAAUGGCGAGUUUUUUCGAAAACAAGGGGAAUUGUCAAAACUAGCAGUUCCAUCACAUGGCAUGAUUGGGCUCUCCACGUAUCAUUUUUGGGCAUUGACCAGGUCAGUGAGAAGAUUACACCAGCCUUGAAGUUAACCACUAGCCUGGUAGCCAUAGUGCUCCCUGCAUAGAAACCAUUGGAGGUUGCUAGAGGAAAUAAGUCCUCUCCUUAGUUUCCAGCUUCUGUCAGCCAUCAGCAAGCAAGUGACUUUUCACAGAAUCAUAGAAUUGCAGAGUUGGAAGGAAUCCCGAGGGUCAUCUAAUCCAACCCCCUGCAAUUCAGGAAUCCUGCCCGCAGCCAUCCCUGGGUGGGCUCGAACCUUUUUCCAGGCUAGUAAUUUUUGUGGACUUGUUUGCAAGGCUGAAUUAACAUGACCUGGUUUUCCAUGCUGGCAUCCCUGCCCUGGCUCUGACAUUUGCUGCUCAGCUUUUAACUGAUGUGUGUCAGGGACAGAUUCUGGUUUGCUCAUCAUUGUAGUAAUACUGGGAAGCUGCAGCAACAGAACCACUGCCUGCCUCAAAGCUCUUAAAUGAAAAAGUACUAUAGGUCGGGUGGGAUCUGAAAAACCCAUAUUUUAGCCGAGCCUCCACUCUUCCAAAUACCAGCCUCUGCAAACUGCAGGAGGGGAAAGUGUUAUUGUGUUCAGGUUAUGCUUGCAGUUUUUCCCCAGGCACCUGGUUGGCUGAUCAGAACAGGAUAUUGGAUUAAAUGGGCCACAGGGCCCGAUCCACCAGGUCUUCUUGUGUUCUUAUGUCUGCAUUUAGAUAUUUCCCUAAGGUCAAUUUGCCUGUUGCUGUCAACACAAGUGAGCAAUGCAGUAAAAAUGCUUUGGAAAGAACAGGUACUGUAUUUACAAUAGUGCUUUGUCUGUUUUUUCAAUGGAGACUUGCCAGAAUAAGGGCUGCAUUCCAAAAUAAUUGAUGUGUACAAAACACUGCAAUGUUUGCAGAGAUUUCAUUAAACCCAGACACCGCCAGAUUACCGGAUUGCACCACUUUGGAGUUUAGGCCACCCAUUGGCUGUACCCACCACCUCAAUUGACUUUUGUGGGGAAACAGCCAAAAAGUUGCACGAGAGCAUGUUCGUCGAAAUGGGGGUCUCCAUGGGAGAGGCUGCCAAUGAUUUGUCCUCACUCUUUAGCCUUGCUGCAAAAAUCCAGUUCUCAAGUAAUCCUGAAAAGGGCGGCUGACAGUAGAAAUAUUUUUGGAUCUUUUAACAGUCCUAUUCCAAAUUGGUCUGGCACCUGCAAAGGUGGCUCCUGGCUGAUCAAUAUAGCUCUGAUAGAUGGACCUGCCCUUUAUUGAUUUGUCUAAUCCUCUUAAGAACAGCCCUGAUGGUUCCAGCCAGUGGCCCAUCUAGUUCACAUGUUGUUCUCAAACAGAUGCCUGCAAGCAGAUCUUAAGUGCAACAGUUCUUAGUGGUUGGCACCACAACUUUGGCAAUGAAUUCUGUGUAUGAAUUGUGUGUUGUAUGAAUAACUCCAUGGUUAUAUAUAUUACUCCACUGGUGCAUUUUAUAUGUACUGGUAAAUAUGGCUAUCAAUUCAUUGCCUGCUACUGUAGCAACAGUUAAAACUUGAAUUCUGUUAUUAAUUGCUGCUUAAUUUCUCACAAGGCCAUUGAAGGGCUCUGGGAUGCUGGCAAUGCAAUCCAGCGUGUAUCUGCUCAGCCACAUUCCAAUCAUUUGCUGUUUACUGAUAUGUUGUUGCUGCUGAAGAUUUAUUGGGUUGGCUAUAAAGAUUACGGUGUGGUUUUUAUUGCAGCAUAUUGAUAUUCUUUCUGAUUUUAUGGGCCAGAUAAAAAUGCCCGAAGGGGCACAUUCAGCUUCUAAUAUAUAUGUGUGUUUGUAUGUUCAUAUAAACAUAAACACACAGACACACCUGAACGUACAGAGAUAUGCUAGAAUUUGCUAGAAUGUAUACGUGCUCAUCUUUCUACUGGUGAAAAAGGUCAAAUAUUUGAAAAUGUUUUACAAUGUGUGUGUUUUUAUGUAUGUUUGAAAAUGAAAAUGAAGCAAACUCUUGGCAUCAGUGUUACCCAGUGAAUGCAGUUUUAAUUCAUAUGCGCUUGAAUUAUGUAUGAAUUAUGAAAUAUGACAUUACUGAGGAGUACCAGAAGUGGUUUUUCUCUCUCUCCUCACUGAAAGGCAAUGAGUCACCCUACCAACAGCCCGUUUAAUUGUUUGUUGACAUAUUGGACCAUAAAAACCUGUAUAAAUCCAGGGACUUUGUCUCAAUUAGUAUAUGAACCUGAUCUUAAAUGUUAAAGGACAUUUUGGAAGCAAGGGAUCACAUAGAUUUCCGAGCAGAAGCAGAUUUCAUAUGCAAAAGGAGGAAUGGCAGGUAAAAACCAAAUGAUACACUCUGGCAAUGAUUUCAUCACUCGUCUUUUUUACUUCAGGUGCCUGUCUUCUUGGGGGGAAACUAAUGGUGGCUUCAGCAAUCAGAGUGGGUUGCAUUCCAACACUGGCUUUGCUUUAGCAGAAAGUACUUCUGCUUGCACAAGUGGAGGCACCCCAUUUUUACCGUUCUGCCCUCCACCCACCUACCACAAACCUCUGCAUCAAUCCCCAUGCUGACUAGUGGGUCCCCCCCCCCGAACCGUCAGGAACAGCUUUUCAGUGGAGAGGGAAAUUAAGUGGGUAGGAGGGAUCAAGAAAAUUCAGGUGCCCUGCCUUGUUCAUGCACAAAGGCAGGAGUGGGGAACCACAAAUGCAGCCCUCCAGGCUUUUCUAUCUGGCGCUCACAUUCUUCCCAGGCCUCCCACCCCUCUCCUCUGUUGUUUUUUUGCCUGGAUGAAAAUGUCCUCCAGCUCUGAUAAUGCCUCUUGUUUGUCUGACUAGAUGCAGGGGUCAGCAACCUUUUUCAGCAGUGGGCCGGUCCACCGUCCCUCAGACCAUGUAGUGGGCUGGAUUAUAUUUUUUGGGGGGGGGAAUGAAUGAAUUCCUGUGCCCCACAAAUAACCCAGAGAUGCAUUUUAAAUAAAAGGACACAUUCUACUCGUGUAAAAACACGCUGAUUCCCAGACCGUCCGCGUGCCGGAUUGAGAAGGCGAAUGGGCCACAUCCGGCCCCCGGGCCUUAGGUUGCCUACCUUUGGACUAGAGGAUAAGGAGAGUUGUGUGAGUGUGUGGGCAGACUCUAGCCUGCUGCAAACAAAGGUAACGUCUUCACUUGUUGCUCCACCCACUUUUGCCUCUGGCUCCACCCACCACUGCCAUGUGGCCCCCCUAGAAGGUUGGCCAGAAGGGAGUGUGGCCCUGGGGAGUGUGAAAAGGCUUCCUCGCCCCUGCGCUAAGGCAAAACCAUCAUUGGAUGCAACCCAGCAAUCCCAACCUUGUGCUUGCUGAAUAAUGUAGAUACAGGGAGGAAUUUCAGGUGUGACACUUCCCCACCCACCACUUUUCUUCCUGCAACCCCUCCCCAUAUAUUGUGUGUCCCCCCCCCUUAUUACUGAUCUCAGAGCCUGACUGAGUGGGUAGUAAUGAGGCUAGGAAACUGAGGCAGGGAAAGGAGUUGAGGGAAAGCAGCAGGUGGAGGAAGGGCUUAUCAUCCCUGACUGAAGCACUACUUCUGUCCUCCUGUCCCCUGUUCACAUUUGUUACAUUAGGAAUUCCUGUUUGCUGAAACAAAAAGCACAGUUCCUCAGUGAGAUCAGUCUUCCCAAAAUAAUAGGCGCAGCGAUAAUAUUGGUUAUUGCUUCUUCUAAUUCACUCCUGGGAAGUUGCAGCUGGUUACUGCUCUGAAUACAGCAGCACUCUCCUGUAUAUGAGGCUUAGGAGAUGUUUACAAUGACAGCAGCAGCAGCAGCAGCAGCAGCAGCCAUAGCUGCCAAGUCUCCCGUUUUCCCCGGGAAAUCCCCGUUUUUCCAGCUGUUCCUAGCUGGAAAAACAGAUUAUUCCCCCCCCCCGGUUUA